AUCGCUGUUUGUUCACCUCUAGCGUUUAAAUUGUUUUAUAUUCAUCUUUUUUUAGCUAUCGUGUUUAAAUUCAUUUAUACUUAAUUUUCUACGCUAUAUAAUAUGGCCACGUCCAUAGAAUUAAGUUCAUACCGUGAUCAGCACUUUAAAGGCUCACGCUCGGAGCAAGAACGCUCUUUGCGGGACUCGACCACACUUUAUGUGGGCAAUUUAUCAUUCUACACAACCGAGGAGCAGAUACACGAGCUCUUCUCACGUUGCGGCGAUGUGCGGCUUAUUGUCAUGGGCCUGGACAAGUACAAGAAGACGCCCUGUGGCUUUUGUUUCGUUGAAUAUUAUACGCGUCCCGAAGCUGAAGCUGCCAUGAGAUUUGUUAAUGGCACAAGACUGGAUGAUCGACUGAUUCGCGUGGAUUGGGAUGCCGGCUUCAUUGAAGGCCGUCAAUACGGACGCGGCAAAACUGGAGGACAAGUGCGUGACGAAUAUCGUACAGAUUAUGAUGCUGGCCGAGGCGGCUAUGGCAAAUUGCUCUCCCAAAAGAUUGCGCCCAACACUGAUAAUCGCUAGAGAUAAGAUUAUGUGCAGAAUCUGCGCCCCGACUAGAUAUACAAAAAGCAUAAAACAUUACGCAUAUAGUUCUUUUCUAAUUUCAUAUUGUGUUGUGUAUUCUCUACAUAGUUUUCUUUCCCAAUAUAUAAGAGUAUAAUAUAAUUGAAAGUGUAUUUGAUAUUUUUAGCGCUUUGGCCAGGCCACUAAUUGAUUAUUUGAUACCUUCCCAGGAAAUAGUAGUUAGUAUUCUCCAUAUAUUCGCCAUUUACUUCUUGCCAAUAUUGUUGGCCAGAGAGCAGCUUAAUCCAGUGCCAUCGGGUUCCACAUUCAAUUCCUUAACCUCGCCAUUCUGGACAACCAUCGAGUAACGCUUGGAGCGCACACCGCCCAGCGGUGGCAAAUCGAUGGUCACAUCCAAAG